AGAGAAUGUCAUGCCACCUAUUCCUGAAACGGAAGGGAUUAUGUUUCGUAAAAAGUUGUGCUGGGUUUUGUUUUUACGUUCAAAAGGGACGUUCCUAGCGGACCACCAGGAUUUGAUUCCUGUCUAGAAUUCGUUCUGAGAAGCACACCGUCCUUUCUACUCAAUCCUCCAUACGCUUGAGGAACUAUGGCGGCAAUACGAACACUUGUAUAAGCAGACCGGUGAUAUUGAUGAACUUCUUUUUCUCAAACACGAUCCGUUCGUCAUGCCAGCGGAUUACAAUAAAAACAGAAUAACUCCCUCGAAAACAAAGUUUGGAUCUGCACAACCUUCUACACCUGUCAGAAAUGCUCUCAACACCGUUGCCCAACUGAAAAGUGUUCUGCGUCAGGCUAGUGACGAACCUACGUCUAAGCUUAAGGAAUAUUUUCAGAAAUGCUCUACCAACGUCACGGUUCCAAUAGCUAAUAGAUUGAAAGGUCUCAAAGAAACCUUUGUCAGCAAGUUCGCUUCCAUGGCUAAGACCAGUCAACGAUCUGUAGCUGAACAACGAGUCACCAUGGCAACGCGACUCUACUAUCAAGUAAUGGAGUCUAUGCUCAACAUGGAACAUGAACGGCUGUCACAGAAUGACUUCAGCAGUCUGCUGAGUCAUGAAAACUUCCAUCGAUCUCUCCUAGCGGCGUGUGUGGAAAUUAUUCUCAUGACGUAUGGAUUGUCCCCGAGUCACUCAAAAGGAUCUUCUAUAAGUUAUGAAGACUCGCCAUUCUCGUUUCCAUGGAUACUAGAAGUAAUUGACCUACAGGCCUACGAUUUCUUCAAAGUAUUAGAAUCAUUUAUUAAAGCGGAACCCAAACUUCCAGGUGAUGUCAUUCGACAUCUACAGAGUGUUGAACAUAGAAUUUUAGACUCAAUAGUCUGGAGAGAGGUUCUGACUGUGAGGUUAGACGACAGAGGACCGGCAUGGAUGGCAUUGGUUCCACGGUGAUAGUGAUCAUAGGAGUGGUCACAUCAUUCAUCACACUGGUCAUCCUAG